AUGCACCAGACGCUAUUGUAUCGCUCAGUGCUAUUCUCAUAUUUUUUAUUCCUUAUUACAACUCUGACGACAGUCGUAAACGCAUCUGAAUGCAGUGCGUGUGGAUAUGUAGCCAAGAACUGCAACGCUUCGAGUGUUCGUGACUUUAUCGAUGUCUGCGAUGUCAAAGGAGACAUUCAAGUCGAUGAUGUAUUUUGUGAUGACAAUGAGUGUCAAUGUGCCAAUGGUCACAAGUGCGUGAGCACUGUCGUAGGCUGUUCAAACAUUUUUAAAGCACGGAAUCGACGUCGUUGUUUGGGUAACGUGACGUUAUCUCGACGCUUUGAAAAGUGUGCCAGAUGCCAAGGACUUACAACAUUGAAUGCAUCUAACGUAGCCAGUGAUUGGAUCUACUUCAAGCAGGGCAAUAAAUGCCAGUCCACAGACUGUCUGGCUGUCAAGAUGUUUCAUCAUAGCGGCCUUGUGCAAUGUGGACAUUUGUUGGCGGUGUGGAAGACACCAUUAUCUCACUUGAAUCCUUUGGAGACUAUGUUGGCUAGCAGCUUUGGAGGAGAUACGAUGUAUCAUUUCAUCGCGGACGGUUCUCGUGCGAGUGAUAUGAAAGCUGGAACCUUCGUCUACUCAGUUCCGUGGUCUUCCAAAACAGUAGCUUUGGAAACAAAGCAGGCGAAUAGCACAUGCAUCAAAUCGUGCUAUGUGCUGCAGACACGGAAUCAACCUAAUGGUACGUGUGAAGGCUUGUACCUGCAAUUUGACGCCAGCGUGCGGUUUGCCAAAAGUGACGAGUACGUGUUGUCCAAGUUGAGUUGGCCGGUGUGGGUUGCUGUAGUUGCUAGCGUGGCUGCAGCCAUCUCUUCGUUUGUUAUCAUGGGCAUUGUAAUAUACCGUUUUCACCACAUGGACACGUCGUCUGUCGAGACUGGUGAAGAUAGCGGCCUUUUGGGGAAGCUUGAGGAUUUGCGCGUUCGCGGAGGAUCUAGCCUCAUGUGUCCUACUGGUCUGAGGUCCACGUCGCCAGCCUCCGGCAGAGGCCUAAUGAGUCCUGAUCUACGUCAGCGUGCAGCACCCGAUGCAGACCAAAGCUAG